AUGCAGCUAGAGACGGCGGAACAUUUCCAAAUGAAUAGAGUGUCAGAUUCAAUAAAUUAUUCAAGAGCUGAUGAAAACAAGCAGCAGAAGCACGCUAAAAAUGGGGUAUCCUUAGACAACAAACGUAAACAACAACAACAAUCAGAACAUGUGCAACAACAACAGUUCGGAUUAGCUAUUUAUGCAACAACUAUUGAACAAUUGGAACAGCUGCAACAGUUUUGUACAGCUAAUUAUAUCUCAAUAAAUUGUGCGCAUUGUUUAAUCACUGAUCAUCUACAAUAUUCGCACCUGCAAGAGUAUGUUAGUACAGCUUGCAAUGCAGGUAGAAGUGAAUAUGCACUUGCACUAAUACUUAUUGGAAUUAAUUUCACCAUAACGAAUAAUCAAUUAGAAAAAUUAGUUCUUCCUGUAACUACUACAAAUAAAAAAGUGACCAACGCUGUUCGACCAGUACUGCAGCUGCUACAACAACAUUCCAAUGAAUCAUUAAAUCACUUCCAAGAGCGGCUGAUUAAUUAUUUGCUAUCAACUAUAAACCAUAAAUCUUCUUCAUUGUAUUAUCCAGAAUUGCCUCAGUUUGUACAGCUACCAAGUGGAGCCAAUCUGACGUGUUGGCAUCGUCCCAGCGAAAGAGAUCUACCUCUAUUAAGACAACUUGGUACAACACAUAUACUUACAUUAUUGGGGCAACAAGAACAGCUGAAUACUUUAAUAAAUGCAGUGAAAUCAGCUGGAAUGUAUAGUUUGUAUUGUGAUUUAGAUGGUGCCAACCAAGCCAUGCUGAGUUCUAAAGCUACACUCACAGUCAUUCACCAUCUAUUGCAUGAUGAUCAAUUAUAUUCUCUGUUGCAACAGUCCAAUACAAAACUGCUCGUGCAUUGUGCUGCAGGUGUACAUAGAACAGGCACCAUCAUUCACUUAUUACUUCGCUUUUGUGCUCAAUUAACCAUUCAACAAUCUCAUUUAGCGCUGUUACAAAUGCGAAGAGUAACAGCUGCACAAGUGGGAACACAUAGAAUUGAACUUGUUGAAAGAUUUUUACUGCCCCAGUUACAGUUACAAAUAAAGAAGCAAGUGGUGCAUAUUGAAGAUAGAUUAGCAGCAUUAGUUGUUGAUCAGAAUGAUGAUGAGACUGAGAAUGUUAGUAAUAUCGUGUAG